AUGGGUCGAGACAUCAUCUCCCUUGACGACGUCACGCCAAACAACCUUGGCGUGCUCAAAAAGAUCAAUGAGGCGGUGCUCCCCACCACCUACCCGGAAGCGUGGUACCAGGACUCAUUGAACUCGAGCCACAUCAUCAAGCUCGCCUAUUUCAGCGAACUUCCCGUUGGGGCGAUCAGAGGCAAGGCCAUUGUUUCCCAACCUCAGCUGUACGACUCGCUGGUAGCGUCGUCAUCAAUUAAAGAUGCCGUGCCUCUGGCGGUCUACAUCGAGCUGUUAGCGGUGCUUCCUGCGUACCAACACCAAGGCAUCGGUCUGAAGCUUUUACAGUACUUGGAGGAACAAACCAAGGAGAAAUUCAUUCACAAGAUUGUUUUGCACGUUCACGUGGACAAUAAGGAUGCCCAAAAGUGGUACGAAUCCCGUGGAUUCGUCAAAGGGGACGUUGUCGCUGACUACUAUAAGGAGCAAGGGUUGGACAACCCGGACGCCUACAUCUACACUAAAGAGGUAUGA